AUGGCGAAGGCCACCCCCAGAGGCCCGCGAGGCCUGCUGAUCGACAUCAAAGACAUGUUUCUCGUGGGCGUCUGGGUUGGGACGGUGAUGUUCGUUGGGGCGUGGCUGUUGACGGCCCUGGCGUGUCUGGCCCUGUUCCCAAAGACCGGAGCCGUUCUGACGACCCUCUUUGUCGUCUUCAUGGUAAUUCCAAUUGGGAAAACGACUCCUGCAUGGGGCAAGCAGCUUGUUGCCGCUAGCACAGUAGCAUGCGCUAAGUUUUAUUCACUGCGAGUGAUAAUGGAUGACGGUGCAACUCUGAAACCAGAGAAAUCCUACAUUUUCGGGUAUGAACCUCACUCAGCUCUUCCUGUCGUACAGCCACUUGUGUUCAGUGGCUACUCCAGAGUGGCACCAAAGGCUCUAAAGGGCGUCCCCAUGUUGGCAACCUCAAUGGUUUUCUGGACCCCUCUGGUUCGCCACAUGUGGUGGUGGCUGGGCGCCCGGCCUGUCUCCAGGCAGUCAAUGUCCAGCUUGCUGGCAUCAGGGCAAGGCUGCUCGCUGGUGCCGGGUGGAGUGCGGGAGCUUGAAUACAUGAAACCAGGCAGUGAAGUUGCAUUUCUUAGGCAGCGUCACGGGUUUGUGAAGCUGGCAAUUCAGCAUGGCACCCCACUCGUACCGGUCGUCGCCAUUGGACAGACCAAUGCCUAUGCAAUUAAGAGAAUUGGACCACCAGUGUUGCCGAAGAGCCUGAUGGAUUCUUUAUCAAGGACGAUAGGGUUUGCGCCCGUCUAUCUUUCAGGACAUUGGGGCACACCUUUCCCAAAGAAGACGAGGAUUACUGUGGCAGUGGGUCGACCAAUCGAUGUGCCACAUGACGAUUCUCCGAGCCGAGAAGUAGUGCAAAAAUUCCUGGACGCAUUCAUCACGAGCAUGCAGGACCUCUACGACCGGCAUAAAGCUGAUGCAGGGUACCCGAACUCGGAGUUGCGCAUAGUCUAG